GAAACGCGUCGUCUACAGACGUAAUAUCCGUUAGAAAAAUAAAACGGUCUGAUAAGAGGACACAGCAUACCAACUUUAAAAAUCUCACGUGGAUCGUGUCUGGCGAACUCCGGCGGUGACCUGCCUCUCGAUUAACAUGGCCCGUGUCCUUAUGGUAGUGAUCCUGUGUCUUCAGUCACUGUGGUAUUUACACGCUCGUGAGGUAACCGAUCCAGAAGUAGUUGAAAUUGUGAAUAAUCGUCAGAGGCGGGCCGACGAUGAGUCGGUAUGUUAUCCAAGAGUUGGCUGUUUUAACAAUUCCGCUCCAUUCAACAACGCCUACAACGAACUCCCUUCAGAUCCAGACGAAGUAGGGACUGGCUUCUUUUUGUACACCCGUAACAACCCAGAUGUCCCAGAAAACAUAUCUAACAGUGACAGAGGCGCAAGUCUAAAAAGUUCAUCCUUCAAUAAAGACCUCCCUGUGAAAUUCAUUACCCACGGAUUCACAGAUAGCAGAAAUGCGUCAUGGAUGAAACUUAUGGUAGAUGCUUUUUUGAAAGUGGGACCGAUGAACGUCGUUCUCGUAGACUGGGAAAACGGAGCAAAGGCACCAAACUAUCCAAAGGCUACUGCUAACACGCGCCUGGUCGGCAGAGAAAUAGGUUUGAUGGUUAAAUUAAUGGUCAGCAAGAUGAAAUCCAAGCAUAGUCUGAUCCAUUUGUUAGGACACAGUCUGGGUGCUCAUAUAUCGGGGUAUGCUGGGGCAUACCUAGGUGGAAAGAUUGCUAGAAUUACAGGUUUAGAUCCGGCUGGGCCUUUCUUUGAGAGCUACCCUCCCAUAGUCCGCCUUGAUAAAUCCGACGCCAAGUUUGUAGAUGUUAUCCACUCCAAUGGGGCUUCCAUUACCUCCGGGGGCGCUGGUCUUAGAUUGCCAGUUGGCGACGUGGAUUUCUACCCCAAUGGAGGCGGAUAUCAGCCCGGAUGUGGGAAUCCAAUCAGGGGCAGUUUGGCACAACUUUUCAAUGGGAAUUUUCAAGGAGCAGGUACCACCAUAGCAUGCAGUCACAAAAGGGCCAUACUUGUAUUUGUGGACUCCAUGGUUUCUGAUUGUCUGUUUACGUCGUACCCAUGUGCAGAUUGGGACGCAUUUAAUAGAGGCGAGUGCUUGGACUGCAGUUGGUCUACAGGAGGAUGUUCACAGAUGGGUUACUAUGCAGACAAGUACAAAGUUACUGGAAAUUUGUAUUUGAAAACAAUUUCUUCUUCUCCUUAUUGUGGCUUCAACUAUGCUGUAGAAGUCACACUUUCUAACAGUACCAAGGGCCAGGUCAAAAUACGAUUAGUCGGGGAGCAUGGAUUAUCAGAUGUUCUAGAGCUUACUGGGCAAGUAAUCUUACUAUUAUGGUCACUUUAUAUCUUUUUCACUUUUUUAGUUGUGUUAAUUUAAAAAGAAUAACAUUUG